CAGCUGACUUCACCCGAAGCUGAGGUCACGUUUUCCAACUCUGGCUGAAGCUGAGGGUCAGUGGUGGAAGGAGAGGAGUGGUCAGAUCUGAGGCCAGGACUCCAGGAUGUACAGGAAUAGCAACCAUAACGACUAUGACACAAGCUCCUUCGACAGCUCUCUUCAGUCCAGUAGCAUUUUCCUGGAGGAGCCACUCUCUCAGAGGUCCAGCUUAUCUAGGCCCAGUGGAAAACUUAUUUACAACCAAAGGAAAGAGUUUGCAGAGUCCUUACAGAGGCGGCCGCACAGCUUCCAGCACCGGGUGGAGCACCUUCUCACCUGCGAGUUAGAUGGACGUGAUAUGCGUAGUCUGGAGGACUGUGUGACCCAUCUCCAGCUCCUUGAUGCCAAAGGCCAGAUCUGGGGUCAAGAUGUGUUUCUACAAGUUCAAAAUAACAUCCUGCAGAUGACAGACAUUGAAACAAAGGAGGAGCUGGAAUCCUUGGCUCUGGAGAGCGUAACAGACAUGAGAGCCAUGCUGGGCCGCUGUGUGUACAACUCCCUGCUGAUGAUAGCAGUGCAGCCGUGCCACAAGAGAGUGUCCAGCGUCUUCCUCUUCCACUGCGCGGAGGUCGGGGCGGAGUACAUCUGUAUGGACCUGGAGAGAGCUGUGCAGCACCGGAAAGAAGACGGACAUUCUGGAAAGCAAAACUGGCCAGCAGAGACCAGACAGAUUCAUGGCUACAGAAAGGACAGUGACACAGCAUCUGCCCCACCUAGCAGCAGGACGGAUCAGCUCCAGCACAAGGAGGUGGUAGCCCCUCAACCUGUCCAGUACACUGAAACUGAAGUCGAUGUGGAGAUAUUCAACCACCUGCUGAAUGACAUAGAAGUCUUCGUGGACCGGGUGAGAAAGGUUUUGCCAAAAGAAUCCAACAAGAAGAACAUUGUGAAAAAUAUGAUGAAGAUGAACAAGAAAAGCAAAGCUGUCAAAGGCUUGCCACCUCAGGAGGAGUAUGUUUCUUGUCUUCAAAAGGUCAAGUAUGGAUUCAACCUCUUAGGGAAGCUUAAUGGUGAGAUCCACAACCCCAGCGCCCCAGACUUUGUCCAUUGCCUGUUCUCGAUCCUGAGCUUUCUGGUGCCCAACUAUCCCGUGGAAGUGCCCCCCACAGUUAUCUCCCCCUUGCUGACAAAGCAGACCAUAAGGCUCCUCAGUGAGGAGGCCAGCACAGAGGAAGACCAGCUUUGGCAGUCUCUGGGGGAUCCCUGGAACAUUCCCAGUGUCAUGUGGCCAGAUGAUGAACCAGUCCCACCAUACAUCCCCGAGUUCAAUGAUGGUUGGCAGCCUCCUGAACCGGUAAAGGAGGACCAGUGCAAACCCUCAAGGAAAGAGCUUAGACCAAAGAAUGAACAGAAAAGCGGCUCAAGAAGCUCUCCACCAACACGCUUUGGAGGAGCUGCUCCCCUCUACAUGCGAGUGACGUAUGACUUCAUUAGCAGAAAUCAGCAGGAGCUGAGUGUCUUGAAAGGAGACGUUGUGCAGGUGCUGGAUCAGUCUAAGCAGUGGUGGAAAGUUUGCAAUGACAGAAAUUUGGAGGGAUACGUUCCCAACAACGUGCUGGAGUCCAUGGAAGCCGAUUCCGCUCAGGAGGAGCCCAAGGAAAGACACUCCAUCGCUGCACUGAACAAGCGAUCCAAGCCGGAGGAAGUGAAAGCCUGGCUGGAGGAGAAGGGUUUCUCCCCAGUCACGGUUCGCUGUCUGGGAGUUCUCAGCGGAUCACUGCUGCUGGGAAUGAGCCGUGAGGAGCUGAAAGCUGUGUGUCCAGAGGAAGGAGGUCGAGUCUUCACUCAGCUGCAGGCCGUGAGGACAGCACUAGCAUGAGGGGGACGAAGUCAGAACACGGGGAUGCAGAAGAUAACAGGACACUGGAUGAACCCAUUAAAGCACGUCUCACAUGGGAAGAAGAGACAGCUGUAAGCUUUAAGCUGCAUCAAAAUGCCUAGAUGCUGUACUAUCCCUGCCCCAAGAUGACCAGCAAUGAUAGCCUGGACAUCAGUCUUCAUGGCAAAAUCAGUCUGAGCAACUGAACAAAACACAUGGAU